UCGUCAUUACUUCAAGAAAGAAACACAGCAACCAAAAUCAUUCCUCUCAUUUUUAUCUAUCUUUCUUCUACAUCUCAACACUAAAAACACUCGGAUUUUACUUAGUUGAUUCGUGCUCUCUCCUAUUGCAGAAGCUAUGCACAAAGAUCAAUUCCUUCUUCUUCUUCUUCUUCUACCUUGGUCCUUUAGUAUCGCCGUCGAAAACAAUCGGUGCACCACCUCUUGUGGUGAGGUUGUGAACAUAAGCUCCCCGUUUCGACUGAGGGGCGACCCGAAAAUCUGCGGCGACCCUAACUAUGAGCUAGCCUGCAUAAACAACCGCACUACUAUCGAUUUGCACUCGGGCAAGUAUUAUGUACGGUACAUCGACUAUACCAACUACACGAUUAGGGUUGCUGAUGUCAGGUUGCGAAAGGGCAAUUGCUCGUCUCUUCCUCUUCACUCUUCAUCAUGCAGCUACUCCAACGACCAAGACAAUUUCCAUCCAUUUAGAUGCCAUAACUAUGGUCUGACCAUUUUAAUCGUGAACUGCACGAAGGCCGUCGAUUCUCAAUUAUAUAUCAACGCUUCAUCGUGCUUCAAUGGGGCCGCAUUUUCGAAUUUUUCAAGUACUAGAAGGCGAUUAUAUGCCAUGGUGGAUGCGAAUGUCUCAAGUGUGGAAACCGGAUGCACUAUAGAGCAUAUGGCAAUGAUACCAUGGUGGGUUGAUGGCAACCAUCUUCGUUCCUAUGCGCAAAUUCAUGAACAGAUGGUUUAUGGGUUUGAGCUUUCAUGGCUUGAAAAAGCCUGUAAGAUGUACUUCAAAGGUUGUGCUUGGUGCGACAUCAACGCUGAGCACCAGAUUUAUUGCGGAGCCAACACAGGUAAGGACUUUUGACUUGUUUAGUUUUCUCAACAUAAAGAAAAUUGUGAAAUUAUAUUUGGUCAAAACCUGUGAAAUUUCAUGUAAACGUGAAAUUGAGCUCGGUCAUAGGUAUAUCCUUUCAGUGCACCACGUGAUUUGAAAAUGGCCAUUAAUAUCAAAUAGUUACUCAAAUGCUCUUGUGGUAUUUUGUAAGUAUAACAACGAGUACAUUUUUAUUCAUUUGCUAA